GCAUGGCUAUGUGCUUGAGCGCAGGGCGUGGCGCGCGCUGGCAGAGGCUGACUCCGAAUCCAGCGACAUCUCUGCGGAAUCUUCUUGUGUGCUCCUUGGAACAACAACGUUAUUCGACCACGAAAGCUGCGAGCUCCGCAAAACCGGCGACCGCUUCUUUGAGCCCACGAUGGCUGUCCGAUGUCAAGCAGCGAAUCGGUCACUGUAUCACAUUCGGCCUGAAGCCAGACCAGACGGAUGAUGCGGGACACAUUCUGAAAGAGAUAGCACGAGAUUGGAGAGAGCUUGUCGCAGGCAGCGAGGGCUUCCUGACAGACAAGACCAGGCUGAGCAUGUACCGAAGGGAGGUGAUUUGGGGCGAGAUGGACUCAAUGGGUCACGUCAAUAAUGUCGUAUACAAUCGCUAUGCAGAGAGCGGGCGUAUUGGCUGGGCGCAGAAAUAUGCUCGACACAUCGAUCCCGAGCACGCAGAGCAAUGGAGGGAUCUCAUGACUCCUAAAGGCGAGGGAUUACUGCUGAGGAAGAUCACGACGGAGUUCAAGUUCCCCAUGGUAUAUCCUGAUCAUGUCACCAUCUACCACAAACUGUCGUCGCGGCCGGAAGAGGGAACAGACAAUUUCGAUAUGCAUGUUAUCAUCUUGUCGGAACUACAUCAACGACCUGCCGCUCGACUGAUCGAAGACUGCGUACUGUACGACUAUCGCAGGGCGAAGAAGACUCCACUUCAACCGUGGAUGUUGAAAGUGUUGCAGAAAACAUGGGAUCUGCAAGAAGAAGCCAAACGAGUCAACAGCCAGCGUGUUCACAGCAUCCUGGACAGAGUUCGAAAACUGGAGACCGACUCUUGGGACCGGGAGGAUGCCGUAGAAGACAUGGGUUCCGCGAGCAAGUGAACGGGCCGGCCAAGGAUGCACCUACUCACUCAUCUGGAAUCAACGUGUUGACCAUCCGACUGCUGCCACGCUUGAUCGCCCUUGCACCCUCAGCACCCACCACCGGCAACUGCU